GUCGGACCUGGCGCUGCCGUUCGUGCUGCUGAUGGAGGACGAUGUGGUCGCCUUCUGGUGCUUUGCGCGCCUCAUGGCGAAGGUCCGUCCCAACUUCCAACCGAGUCCCGACGGCGUCUUUGCGCCCCUGGCAGCCCUGUGGCCUCUCCUUUCCGCGCUGGACCCGCCUCUCGGCGCCCACCUAGCUCGCCUGCAUGCGCACCCCUGCCACUUCGCACACCGCAUGGUUGCCGUACUCAUGCGGCGAGAUCUGACAGCAGAUCUGGCCGUACGGCUGUGGGAGCAGCUCUGGGCGGACGAUGCGUUGGAGGCGCGAACGGCGCGAAGGGAGGCGGAGCAGAGGGCGACGGAACGAAGGAAG